CGGGCGCGUAGGAGGGUCCGUGUGCGUAGCUCUUCACAAAACGCACUCUGGACCAAAUGUAAAAAAAAGACAGUUAGAUUUCGUGAAGGAUUGGAGAUAACAUGAUGCUUUGGUUUAAUUUCCCCCUCCUAGUUACGUGAGACGCGGUUCCUCCUGGUAGACAGGAAAACGUUUUUUUGUGUGUUUGUUUAUUUUUUUUUUCUCGUGUGUCUUUCGGAGGAGACGAAGGCGAGAGAGAGAGAGAAGAAAACUCCCUCGUUACUCCCUUAUUUCGCAGCUCCUCCUCCAGUGUUUUUUAUUUCUAAAUCGGCCGGACGAAGUGGCAAAUGUGUAACAAGAUGAGCGAGAAGGAAGGCAAGGAGGAGGAGAGGGCGCCGCUGAUCGAGGAGACUUCGCAGCUGCUGAACCCCUUCGUGCAUCGCCUGGAGCUCAACACGGCCUAUGACAAGUUCAAGCUGGUGCUCAUGUCCAUCUUCGUGGUGCCCGUGCGCGUGGUGGGCAUCAUGAUCACCCUCCUGGUGGCCUACGUCCUGGCCUCCGCCGGGCUGUGGGGUCUGUCCAGGGACCAGCUCGCCGCGCGCCCUCUCAGCGGCUGGCGUCGGCAGAUACGCUGGUAUAUGGGCUGUGUUGGUCGAAUGAUGAUGAGGUGCUUUGGCUGCCAGUGGAUGAAAAUAAAAGGGCGCAUUGCUACUAAAAAGGAAGCACCAAUCCUUAUUGUUGGCCCUCAUAGCAGUUUCUUUGAUUGCAUCGCAGUUUUCUGGUCCAAUGUUCCAUGUCUGGUGAACCGCAUAGAGAACCUACAGCUCCCCCUGUUUGGCAAGUAUAUUGAUUAUACGCAACCUGUGUAUGUAUGGCGUGAAGACACUAAUUCUCGACAGAACACAAUACAGGAGAUUAAGCGUCGGGCAACGAGUGACGAGGACUGGCCGCAGGUAAUGAUUUUCCCAGAGGGGACUUGCACCAAUCGCUCCUGCCUCAUUACCUUCAAGCCAGGAGCAUUUUACCCAGGAGUGCCUGUACAGCCAGUCCUCAUCCGCUACCCCAAUCGCACGGAUUCUUUCACGUGGACUUGGGAUGGUCCAGGAGCCUUGAAGAUGCUUUGGGUCACCUUGUGUCAGUUCCAUAAUUUCUGUGAGCUUGAGUAUCUCCCAGUUUAUACCCCCAGUGAGGAGGAAAAGAGAGAUGCUAAACUUUUUGCUAACAAUGUGCGGCAGGUCAUGGCAGAUGCCCUAGGUGUGCCUGUUGCAGACUACACCUAUGACGAUUGCCGACUAAUGCACAAGGCCAAACUCAAAAAUUUGCCUUACCAGACUGGAUUGAUUGAGUUCCAAAAGCUCCGCUAUCGCCUUGGUCUGAAUUUGAAGAAUGUUGAGGAAGAACUCCUGACUCAGUAUGCAGACAUUGCUGUCAGUGAUGGCAAAAUAACUCUCUCUGACUUUGCAAAAUAUUUAGGAAUACCAGAGCACGAACCAGCUCUUGUUGAACUUUUCCACCUUUAUGACAAGGAUAACUCUGGCACAAUAGACUUCCGUGAAUACCUCAUAGGAUACUGCCAGUACUCGCAGCCAGCCAACACGGAGGACACUCUCAAGUGGGCCUUCAAGCUCUUCGACCGGCGAGGGAAGGGCCACAUCCUCCUGGACGAUCUCAUAAAGGCUCUUCGGGCAUCGCUGGACAUGACGCCCGAGGAGACCACCAGGAUAUUUAAGCAAGCAGAUCAGGAUAGCAAAGGCUACAUCACUUACGAGGACUUCGAGGCCCAUGCCAAGAGGAAACCUGAGUAUGCCAAGAUCUUCCUCACUUACCAAGAGAGCAUCAAGAACGGCACAAGACCUCGUUCAAUCCACCAGCCUCCUCCCGGCAAGAAGAAAGCCGACUAGAUCACAUAUCUCAUGUCUAGGGUUAACAUUAAGUUUGUUAUAAGUGUCCACUUGUAAUGCUUCGCGUGGACGGAGAAGCAAGAUUCACUUUCACUCAUGUUGUUAUGUCCCCUUUUUCCUUUUGUUAUUUUACUUUAUUUCCCUUUUUUUUUAGUGUUAUUAUUAUUAUUAUUAUUAUUAUAUUAUAUCAUUUUCCUUUCCCUUUCCUUUUCAUCCUGUGUGGCUUUUCUUGUUUUUAAGAAGGAAUCAGAAUAUAAUUCAGCACAUGAAAUUUAAUGAUCAUUUGUAUUUAUUAGUUGUAUGUAUAAAAGAAACCUGUUUUUAUCUUAUCUGUCAAUCUCAUCUGAUUAUUAUUAUUUCAUGGUAAUUUCAGCCUUUUUAUAGUUUUAUGGUUAAGCUGAUGGGAAGUGACUACUUGAGAUUUUUUAAUAUCAUGCACUGCAACAAAGUAUAAAAACUAGUUUACUUUAAAUACUUUAUUAAGAGAUUAAGAAACCCAAAUUUUGUUUGAUAGUGGCAGAAAACUAAAGGAUUAUUUAUUUUUAUUUUUAUUUUUAUUAUUAUUAUUUUUUUUUUAGAUUUCAUGCUAGGUAUGUUGUACAUAUUUGCAGAAACAAGUGGUGAACUGAUUACUCUUAAGUUCUUUUCAUUGAUUUUCAUUUUUGUUUUAUUUUCUAUAUUUUCCGUUUUGCUUUUUUGUUUAUGACAAUGCCUCGAUUUUCAAUUGUACAUAUGUUGGUAUUUCCCCUAUGCAGAGUUUUAUUAGCUAGUUUCCUCAACCCUGUUUUCUUUUCUCAUCUGAUGCAUGAGAGUGAGUGAGUGAGUGAGUGAGUGUGUGAGUGUGUGUGUGUGUGUGUGUGUGUGUGUGUGUGUGUGUGUGUGUGUGUGUGUGUGUGUGUGUGUGUGUGUGUGUGUGUGUGUGUGUGUGUGUGUUAUGUAAUGUUUUUUUGUGUAGAAUGAUAAAAAGGUACAGAACUAUGCUCUUCCUUGUUUUUAGCAGUGCAUGAUAAUUUGGCAUUGACCCCCCCCCCCCCCAACUCUCAUCCCUAAUAGAACAGUAGAUUGAGCACAGAUUUCUUCCUCUUUGGAUGAAUCAUGAAAGUAAGUUGUGUGAAUUUUGUAUCAAAUUGUCCCCCUUUAUUUUACAGAGAUCUUCAAUUAACCAUUUAUGUUAAAAGUAGUUUAAAGCGUUCUCUACAUGUGAAUGACUUGUCUUCGUUUAAUCAGAAUCGGUCACCUUUACCGAAUACUUAAUUGUUUUCAUACAACUUUUUUACCUCUACAAGUAUUUCUUGUAAGUUAUUUGUUGUUAUCAUGAGCUCUGAUCUUAAGUUGAAUGAUUAUCAAUAAUUAUGUCUCCUUUGACAAGAUUCAUGUGAUGAUUUGGUAUUAUGAUGACACAUGCAAGCAUCAAGUUCGCACUUCUUCUCGUGUAAACUUUCCCUUGACAUGUCUUCCACCAUAUUCAGUGAGCGAUAAUAAGGAUAUCAUUAGCAUCAUGUAAGUAAAGGACUAGCCGUUACUGUAGCAAUUAUAUGCAGUUGUAACUUGUGAUUUUAAAGGAGUAUUUAGAAGAGAAUAGAGUAAAAUAGUAUUCUGCUCUGUAAAAAGUGUUAUAGUGGGAAAACUCACUAGUGAGAUUAGACCAGAAGCACUGCAUGGGAAUGAAUACUUUACUUUCAGUACUUUCAGAAAACAGUAGCAUGCCAUUAACUGUAUCAGUUAUGGAUUAAUCAUAUUGCUAUAGUUGACCAUUUUUUCAAAGUAGAUCAGUAAGACGAGCUUGCCUAUCAUGUACGACCCUUAGUUUGGUGAUAGUACUAGUGAGUUUGAGCCAGCAAUGGAAAAAAAACUUUAAAACAUUCAUUGUCCAGGAAUAUGGGAUUAGUCAUAUUCCUACAAAAUGAGGUCUCAACUACAAUUUUUAUUCUCAUGGUUGUUCUCAGGAACUAAGUGAUGUGAAAUGGGUUAUUGGUGUCUUUGAAUGUUUCAGGUUUACCAGCUCCAUUUCUUAUUCUUUUUUUUCUCUCUUUUUUUUCUGAACUUUUCUUUCCAAUCAAAAAAAUUCAUUCAUUGGGAAGGGAGGGGAUAUAACAUAUACCCUGUGUAAAGGAAGGACUUGUAAAUACUUUUUUUAUACAAAUCAUUAUUGCUGAAGAGGGGGAAUAAUGUAAUGUUUAAAAUAUACAUAAUAGGAACUAGGUUAAGUCAGUACUGUGAAAGUUUCCCUCACAAAAGGUCGACUGUACGUUAGUGGAUGGAAUGUGCAUGCAUGUGUGAAUGUGAGCAGUUUUUGCUGGCAAAAACCAGACAAAAACUCGAUCUAAGCUGCCAUGAUGAUUGCUCUUCCCUGUUAUAUAAAUAUUUUGUAAUUUCUUCCAGACACUUGUAAAUAGAGAGACUGUACUGAAAACUAACCUAUACUGUUUGUUAUCAAUGCCCAUCUUACAGAGAAUAUUUAGUUGAUUGCAUUUUUGAAUUUUUAAGAGGAUUUGAUUGAUUUUAUUUUGUGGUCUAGGAAACCUGGAGAGUUUUGUAAUGCUUGCCUUGGUAUUGUUUUAGAGGCAUAAGGUUGUAUUUCCAAAGUCAAUCGCUCAUGAGAAGGGAAUUGGAGAAUAUCUUUGUUUUUAUUUUUGUUUAUUUAUUUUAUUUAUUUAUUUUUUCCCGUGUACAUGUUUUAUUUAUUCAGUUUAUAUUAUAUGUAAAACAGAAAGGACAAAGGAAUCUUCAAGUUUCUCAUAAGUGUUCACAAUUUAAGUAGAAGGUAUUCAGCAAAAUUUUCCAGUGGGAUAAAGAUUGAUUUUUUUAUAUAUAUAUAUAUAAACAAAAAGUGAUAAGUUAUUAAUAAAUUUACAUGGAGAUACAACAGUUAAUAAUUCAGUUGUAUGUGCACAAUAAGCCAAGAUUACAGGACAAACGUUAUGUAAUGAUAAUAGACAUGAUUAUGUAAGGUUAAGCUUAGAUAACCCAAAUGACUUAGCAGGAAAGAAUAUAUUUGCAAUAUUAAGAAGAUUUGAUUGAUUUUAUUUUGUGGUCUAGGAAACCUGGAGAGUUUUGUAAUGCUUGCCUUGGUAUUGUUUUAGAGGCAUAAGGUUGUAUUUCCAAAGUCAAUCGCUCAUGAGAAGGGAAUUGGAGAAUAUCUUUGUUUUUAUUUUUGUUUAUUUAUUUUAUUUAUUUAUUUUUUCCCGUGUACAUGUUUUAUUUAUUCAGUUUAUAUUAUAUGUAAAACAGAAAGGACAAAGGAAUCUUCAAGUUUCUCAUAAGUGUUCACAAUUUAAGUAGAAAGUAUUCAGCAAAAUUUUCCAGUGGGAUAAUGAUUGAUUUUUAUAUAUAUAUAUAUAAACAAAAAGUGAUAAGUUAUUAAUAAAUUUACAUGGAGAUACAACAGUUAAUAAUUCAGUUGUAUGUGCACAAUAAGCCAAGAUUACAGGACAAAUGUUAUGUAAUGAUAAUAGACAUGAUUAUGUAAGGUUAAGCUUAGAUAACCCAAAUGACUUAGCAGGAAAGAAUAUAUUUGCAAUUAUGGGAAGGACUUGUACCCUCAGAAUAACUAAUGUAAUUUGGUAUUUACUAAUAUCUUGUGAUUUAAACUUAUUGUGUGAUUUGAAAUAAAACUGACAGUACACA